CCUACAAGGUACUCCACUACGUAGCAAUGGAUGAGCAGCAUCAGGCACCAUGCGUACCCCCAGGGUUCAGGUUCCACCCGACGGAGGAGGAGCUGGUAGGGUACUACCUCGCCAGGAAGGUGGCCUCCCAGAAGAUCGACCUCGACAUCAUCCGCGAGGUGGAUCUCUACAGGAUCGAGCCAUGGGAUCUCCAAGAGAGGUGCAGCUACUACGGCGGCGGUAGUGCCGGAACCGGGGGGCAGGAGGAGGAGCCGACGGAGUAUUACCUCUUCAGCUACAAGGACCGCAAGUACCCCAGCAGCACGCGCACCAACCGCGCCACCGCCGCCGGCUUCUGGAAGGCCACCGGCAGGGACAAGCCCGUCCUCUCCUCCAGGUCGGUCGCCGUCAGUGUCAUCGGGAUGAGGAAGACGCUCGUCUUCUACCGCGGCCGCACGCCCAACGGCAGGAAGACCGACUGGAUCAUCCACGAGUACCGCCUCCAAUCCAACGAGCACGCGCCCGUGCAGGAGGAAGGGUGGGUGGUGUGCCGCGCGUUCCAGAAGCCGAUGCCCAGCCAACAGCAGAGACACAGCUGCUACGCCGGCAGCUAUCCCGCCGGCUACGCCAACAUGCCCAGCAGCUACUACUACGCCAACAUGAGCAGCACCGCAGCUGCACCACCGGCGCCGAACGAUCACAGCUUGGCCAAGUCCAAGCUGCAGGUGCAGUUCAUCUCCGACAUGCCGCCGCUCCAGAGCCCAGCCGGCGUCGACGGUGGCCAGAGCUAUGAUCAAGCCGCCGCGGCGGAGUCGUCGUCCGCCGUCGAUUGGAACCUGUUGAGCAGCCUGCUGCCGUCCACGCAGCUCAAUUUCCAUCAGCAUCCGUCUUCUCCUUCUUGCUCUAAGAACAAUGACAUCUGAAUAUGUAUCUGAUCCAUCAGGAUUCAUGAUUCAUUAUAUGUAUUAACGAUAAAUUGCUAUUUUGUAGAGUGUAUUGAUCAUUUCACUACCGAUCGAGAUUCGGAACUGAUUCAGCUAGCAUUAAUUUAGUUGAGAUCUUGAUUUCUACAUUAACUUGUAUU